UUUACAUUCUAAUCGUAGUCAGCGCCACCUACUUUAAUACCAUUCUUGUUGAUUUUCCUUUUCCUGGCUGUUUUUAGUGCUAAAAUAGAGGAAAUCCUGAUGGUAAUUUACGGAGUUUACAUUGUAAGUAAGUCCGGAGGAUUAAUCUUCAACUUGGACCACAAUGUGCCGAAGGUGGAGAAUGAGAAAACCUUCAGUUACCCUUUGGAUCUGAAGCUGAAUUUUGAUCCAAAGAAGAUUUCUGUUGUUUUCGGGCAGAAAGAUGGGAUUACAGUUGGACACGUGCUGUCUGCCGUCAAUGGGAUGCCCGUGAAUGGUGCAACGCUCGAGGAUGGACGAGAUGCAAAGGAAGUGCUGGAAAAUAAGGAAAAUUACCCGCUAAAUCUCAAAUUUCAUCGACCAAAGAUGACGACAAAUGAGAAAAUUGUCCUCGCCAGUACAUUCUAUCCACUCUUUGCCAUUGCCAGUCAAUUGAGUCCGGAACCAAAGAGUUCCGGGAUUGAACUACUCGAGACGGAAACAUUCAAGCUGAACUGCUUCCAAACCCUCACAGGGGUGAAAUUUAUUCUCAUCAGUGAACCUUCGCAGGCUGGCAUGGAGAUUCUGCUGAAGAAAAUCUACGAAUUGUAUGCAGAUUAUGUGCUGAAGAAUCCCUUUUAUUCCCUCGAAAUGCCCAUUAGGUGUGAACUCUUUGACACGAAUCUUCAGGCAUUGCUGGAGCAGGUGGAGAAGAAUGGGAUUGCGAGUAUAUAAAAAUAAUUUAAGGACUUGUCUUUAUUUUAAUUAUAAAUUAUUUUAAUACAUGAAAUCCUUUAAAACUUU